ACUGCUUGCUGAGAGAAGCCUCAUCAACCCUUGAAAGUCAACCAAAACCAAAAAACCCAAGCCCAGUCCAGCUCUCACCUGCCCACCUCCCACCUCACCAGAGACGUUCAGUCAUUCCUCCUGAUUUCUAGGUCCCAUCACAUCCACUCACUCCCCUCCCCCUCGUCUUGUCUCGUCUCCGACUUUGUCUCCUUCAACUGACGGAUCUUCUCGACCGUUUCUUCUACUCAUCUCAAUUCCUUCCCCAUCUUCCUCUUCAUACAUCUCCCCCCAUACCUAAUUCCUUUGAGCCAACUUCUCCCCAGAGAGCUCAGAGCGUUUCCUCUCCCCAGCAGCUGACACCUUAUUUGGUUCCUCCAGCGCUCUAAACCUUCAAUUCUCCCGCCUCUACUCACACCGUUCAAGUUCGAUAUUCAUAAUGGCUCCCGCUUCCUCCAGCGGCCUGUCGGCCAACGACAACAUUCAGCGUUUCCCGGCUCCAAGCCGACCUCUGAGCCCUCUUCCCGAGCACGCUCUCUUCACCGACAAGACGCGAUGCUUCGUCUACGGUCUUCAGCCCCGAGCCGUCCAGGGCAUGCUCGAUUUCGACUUCAUCUGCAAGCGCUCUAAGCCCUCGGUCGCCGGUAUCAUCUACACUUUCGGUGGUCAAUUCGUCAGCAAGAUGUAUUGGGGAACCAGCGAGACUCUGCUGCCCGUCUACCAGCAGGUUGACAAGGCAAUGAGCAAGCACCCCGAUGUCGACGUUGUCGUCAACUUUGCUUCUUCCAGAAGUGUCUACAGCUCCACCAUGGAGCUUAUGGAGAACCCUCAGGUCAAGACCAUUGCUAUUAUUGCUGAGGGUGUCCCUGAGCGACGAGCUCGUGAGAUCGCCCACGUCGCGAAGAAGAAGGGCGUUACCAUUAUCGGACCUGCUACGGUUGGUGGUAUCAAGCCCGGCAGCUUCAAGAUUGGUAACACUGGUGGUAUGAUGGACAACAUUGUUGCCUCCAAGCUUUACCGCAAGGGUUCCGUUGGCUACGUUUCCAAGUCUGGCGGUAUGUCCAACGAGCUCAACAACAUUAUCUCCCAGAACACCGACGGUGUGUAUGAGGGUAUCGCCAUCGGUGGUGAUAGAUACCCCGGUACCACUUUCAUUGACCAUCUCCUGCGAUACCAGGCCGACCCUGAGUGCAAGAUCCUUGUCUUGCUCGGUGAGGUCGGUGGUGUUGAGGAGUACAAGGUCAUUGACGCUGUCAAGCAGGGUAUCAUCACCAAGCCCAUCGUCGCCUGGGCCAUUGGCACUUGCGCCAGCAUGUUCAAGACCGAGGUUCAGUUCGGUCACGCUGGUUCUUUCGCCAACUCUCAGCUUGAGACUGCUAAGAUGAAGAACGAGAAGAUGAAGGAGGCCGGCUUCUAUGUCCCGGCUACCUUUGAGGAUCUUCCCGCCACUCUCAAGGAAGUGUAUGACAAGCUCGUCUCACAAGGCACCAUCGUUCCCCAGCCCGAGCCCGUUGUUCCCAAGAUUCCUCUCGACUACUCUUGGGCGCAGGAGCUCGGUCUCAUCCGAAAGCCUGCUGCCUUCAUCUCCACCAUCUCUGAUGACCGUGGCCAGGAGCUUCUCUACGCUGGUAUGCCCAUCUCGGACGUUUUCAAGGAGGAUAUCGGCAUUGGCGGUGUCAUGUCUCUUCUGUGGUUCCGCCGCCGUCUGCCUUCAUACGCUUCCAAGUUCCUCGAGAUGGUUCUCAUGCUCACUGCCGAUCACGGUCCCGCCGUCUCUGGUGCCAUGAACACCAUUAUCACUACCCGUGCUGGUAAGGACUUGAUCAGCGCCCUCGUUUCUGGUCUCUUGACCAUUGGCUCCCGAUUUGGUGGUGCUCUCGACGGUGCCGCUGAGGAGUUCACCCGUGCCUUCGACAAGGGUCUUAGCCCCCGUGACUUCGUCGACAGCAUGCGCAAGGCCAACAAGCUCAUUCCCGGUAUUGGACACCGUAUCAAGUCCCGAAACAACCCCGAUCUCCGAGUCGAGCUCGUUAAGGAAUACGUUCUCAACAACUUCCCUAGCCACAAGCUCCUUGACUACGCUCUUGCUGUCGAGACUGUCACCACCUCCAAGAAGGAUAACCUGAUUCUCAACGUUGAUGGCUGCAUUGCUGUCUGCUUCGUCGAUCUUGUCCGCAACUGCGGUGCCUUCUCCGCCGAGGAGGCUGAGGAUUACCUCAAGAUGGGUGUUCUCAACGGUCUCUUUGUUCUUGGCCGAAGCAUUGGUCUUAUUGCCCAUUUCCUCGACCAGAAGCGUCUGCGUACUGGUCUUUACCGUCAUCCUUGGGAUGACAUCACCUACCUCCUCCCCAACCUUCGGGAGGCUGGAGCCCCUGGUGCUGAGGGCCGGGUGGAAGUCUCUCUGUAAGAGAUGGAGAAUGAUAAUUCAAAUGGGAAAGGAAGGAAUAAGGCGUCGAGCAUUUGAUGAUUUUGUGCCGGCCUGGACGCGUCGUGGAAAAAAAAAAACGACGGUCUGUAUGAGGAUUACAAUACAAUGUAACUAGUGCUGGAGGCCGCAAGAUGGACCUCCAUAUUACUCGCUUGAUUCUAUAGACAUGAAUGUUGAUGUUUGCUAUGAGAUCUUUUCGCGUCACAUGCCUAA